ACUAGAAAAGAGCGUUGAUGCCGGCGGCAGGGAUGAGUCCUAGGCGGCGCUGCCUGCUCAGCGGCUUUGAGGAGCGGGUGCUGCUGGUGGCCUCUUUGCAGAUGCAUAUCUGUCAUUGAACAUUGGCCCCUUUGAAGGCGCGAGGGAAGCUCAUCCAUCAGUAUGUCCAAGUACAAACUGAUUAUGUUAAGACAUGGAGAGGGUGCUUGGAACAAAGAGAAUCGCUUUUGUAGCUGGGUGGACCAGAAACUUAAUAAUGAAGGAAUGGAGGAAGCUCGGAACUGUGGGAAGCAACUCAAAGCGCUGAACUUUGAGUUUGAUCUGGUGUUCACAUCCGUCCUUAACCGGUCCAUCCACACAGCCUGGCUGAUCCUGGAGGAGCUGGGGCAGGAGUGGGUUCCUGUGGAAAGCUCCUGGCGUCUGAACGAGCGUCACUAUGGAGCCUUGAUCGGUCUCAAUAGGGAGAAAAUGGCUUUGAAUCAUGGCGAAGAGCAAGUGAGGAUCUGGAGGAGAAGCUACAAUGUGACCCCUCCGCCCAUUGAAGAGUCUCAUCCUUACUACCACGAAAUCUACAAUGACCGGAGGUACAAAGUGUGCGACGUACCUAUGGAUCAGCUGCCACGGUCUGAAAGUUUAAAGGAUGUUCUGGAGAGACUCCUUCCCUUUUGGAAUGAAAGGAUUGCUCCUGAAGUGUUAAGUGGCAAAAGCAUUCUGAUAUCUGCUCAUGGAAAUAGCAGUAGGGCACUCCUCAAACAUCUGGAAGGUAUCUCCGAUGAAGACAUUAUCAACAUCACUCUUCCUACUGGCGUCCCCAUUCUCCUGGAAUUGGACGAGAAUCUGCACACUGUCGGGCCUCACCGGUUCCUGGGUGACCAAGAGGCUAUCCAAGCGGCCAUUAAGAAAGUAGAGGAUCAAGGGAAAGUGAAAAAGAGCUGAAAAAUAGCCUUUCCCGAGUGCUAGAUAGGAAGAGCUACACGAAGGAGUGGCAUGCGGUGUGUUAUAGGUGCUGAUACCUCUUUGUCUGUCUCUCGCUCUCUCUCUCUCUCUCUUUUUCUCUCUUACUCUCUGACUUUUCCAGAGCUAGGCUGUGGGGUGAAGUUUGUAUAGGUAACGAAGUAACUUAGGUUGGCCCAGCUGAAGACUUUAGGGUGCCUGAGUGGUUAUGUCAUAGCCUUAUGGAUUAGCUCUCCUGCUAACCCUGUUUGAAUCAGUCACUAAAGUAGUAACCAGCUGGGGCUUAAUCAAAGUCUUAAGUUUCUGAGUGGGAGAGGGAUCGUGUAGGUGGAGUUUAAUGUAUUCACCAUUUGGUAGAUCAUUAUUGAGUUACACUGACAGGUAUUACUUCUCCAAUAAGUAGUUCGCUUUUAUAUUUACUAAGACUUUCUGGGAUGAUAGGAAAGGAUAUUAGGUAAUACGCUAUACUUAAGUAUUUAUUACUAGUCUUUUCCUCCAGGAAAAGGGAUGUUUUGAUAGGUAAGAUGAGAGGCCCAUAAAACGGGAAAGCCACAGAUGGGUCCUCCAAGAGAGCCAGCAGUGAGCAGCAAGGCCCUUUGCCUUGUCUCCAGUCCAGAGACUCCUUUGUUUGACAUUUGGUGGGAUUCCUCUUUGGCAGCCAGAAUUAGCAGCACAUAGACAAAUGUAGCUGUUUGUGUUCUCUUUUUAAAAGUUUUGUUUCUUGAAACUUAAUCCUUGUGUUCCUAAAAUUGGUUUAAGAAUAAAGUUCUGUGACCAAAAA